AUGGCUUUCAUCUUCAGAAUAGCCAUGCAAUCCGUAGGGCUUUCACUCUCAUUGCUAGGAUGGGUUCUAGCCAUCAUUACAACAUAUCUGCCACACUGGAAGAACCUCAACCUGGAGCUGAACGAGAUGGAAAACUGGACCAUGGGGCUCUGGAAAUCCUGCGUCAUCCAGGAGGAAGUGGGGAGGCAAUGCAAGGACUUUGACUCCUUCUUGGCCUUGCCAGCCGAACUCCAGAUCUCCAGGAUCUUGAUGUCUCUGUCGAAUGGGCUGGGGCUGCUGGGGCUGCUGGCCUCUGGCUCUGGCCUGGACUGCUUGAGGCUUGGAGAGACCCAGAAGGAUCUGAAGAGGCGGUUGCUUAUCCUAGGAGGGCUCCUGCUCUGGACUUCGGGCGUGAUGGUCCUGGUUCCGUGUCUGCUUCACUGUGCAGCCUGCUCAAGCCCAGCUCCUCCAGCCUCGGGCCGCUAUGCAGUGACAGGAUUGCAAGACCACGAGACAUACCUGGAGAACAGAACCACACAACCUAAAGUGUAA